GCCUUAUUCUUUGCGCUACGCUAGCGAAGCUACGUGACCAUCAUCUCUGUCUGUUCUCGCGACGACUGACCUCGAAAACACUAAAUCCCCCUCCGCCUGUCUCUCCACCCACUUGAGAGUUACCUGCUCCUUCAUCUUGUCGCCCUAAUCGUACUGCGACAUAUCCUUUCGAAUCCUUUUCCCCUUUCAAAGCUCUUCGAUACACCGGUCCAAGCUCGCAGACCACAACGGGUCAACACCGCGACCUAAUCCGGGACGAAGCUUUUGAUAAUUUCAACAGUAGGAUGGCAUCUGAAGCCACCUCUGAGAACCUUCUGAAGUCGUCUAUAUCACCCGAUGAGCUGAACACAAUUGAAACCCCGAGCGAAGAUGUCACCUCCGAGCAGAUCCAGCCUGUUGUGAAUGGAACCUCCGAGAAAUAUGAAGACAAGCCAGAUCCUGAGACCCUCGACGCAAAUGUCAACUCUGCGGAGGUCAGUAUUAGUGGAGGAUCGGAUACUGAAGCUUCGAAAGCGGAGACCAAAACCCAAGGUGACGAGAAGGGCCACGUUCGCACUACAUCAACCGUAAAGAAGUUCACAUCUUUCAAGCCGGUGUCGGUGAACAAGACCUUUCUUGCUGCUAAAGGCGCAACGACUGCGACACCCUCGAAACUUGGUGAGAAAGGAGCAGCUGUGUCAACGACAACUCAAGCCGGACCAUCUACCAGCACUGCUCCGAGGCCUAGAUUAGUGGCAAAGUCUGGCAGUGGUCUGCGAGAUUCGGCACCACGUAAUUCUGCUUCUGCAAAUGGUGGCAAAGCUGGCUCGGCUCCCGAUGCGAGUGCUGUUUGGAACAAGAACAGACCGGCACCGCCUGCAGAACCCAAACGAUUCACGGACGAAGAACUAAAGCAACGAUACGGCAUUCAUUUGGCUACGAGACUACAAUCAGAUGACCCGGGCAAACAAGCAAACUGGGCAGAUAUAGAUGAUGAUGACGAUGAUUGGGCACCAGAAACCAUUGAAUGGACCGAUGGAACGAAGAUUACAUUACCACAAGCUGACGAGACGCCAGCUCCAGCUCCUGAGCCCAAUCCCGUAGCAGUAAAGGAAGCAAAGAUUGUUGAAAUGCCCAAAUCUAUCUCUCCGGCUCCCACUCAAGCAUCAGCAUCGCCAACGGUAAAACCAAGCGGACUUGGAACAGGAAGAGCUGGUCUGAUCUUGAAGGGCGCUGCCGAAAAGCCAACAUUGGUUGCUAAGCCUCCUGGUCCCCCAACUCCUGUCAAAUCUCCUUGGGCACCCUUGCCGCCGGUAGACAAGGUGGCUCCUAUUGCCAUCGAGAUUCCACACCAGCAACAGCAGCAGCCCCAACAGAGCCGCUUCUCUCAGAGAGACCCCCAUGGCUUUCAAGGAAUGCCACCUCCUCCUGCGAAGGAAAUUGCUGCCGAUGACUUCAGCCGUUCAUCAUGGAGAGAAGGCUCUAAUACGAGUAGGGAGCUCUACAAUUCACAGUCAGGUAGAUACGAGCCUGUGAAUGACAGCCGCCGAGGGUCAACCCGUAAUGAUGCACGUGGGCACCAACCUGCGGUACUGCAGCGACCUUCACCACAAGAUGGUCCAGCGGAACCAUCUCCCGCCUUUCAAACACACCGUGCGAGUGGUCAAGAUGGAGGGUAUGGUCGACGACGAACCUCUUCGAAUGUCAGUGGUGGAAGUGGUAAUUUUGUAAGACGCAUGAGCAGGGGUCACGAUAUGCAGCCACCUCACGAGAUGUUGAAUGUACGAAGAGGUUCUCUGGCCGCAGUAAGCGAUUCACCUUCAUCGCCACGGAAUUAUUCACCUUCUGGGCAACACCAGAACCAAAAUCAGCGCGGCUACCAAAAUCAACAAUGGCAGCAAUCGCGUGCAUCACCUGUCAUUAGCCAUCCAUCUCCUCAAUCUAUCCAUGGUCAGACGGUCCCUCCAGCAUCGAAUGACGCGCAAGCUCAAGCCCAAGCUCAAGCUUCCAGCGCGGUCUAUGAGGAUCCUAUCGAGACACAGAAGAAAAUUAUGCGCCAGACACGUGAGCUUGCUAUCAAGAGACGACUCGAGGAAGAAGCAAAGGAGGAAGCUGCAAGAAAGGAGCGAAUUAGACUCAAGCUAGAAGCCAUGGGUCCACCGCCCGAAACAAAGAAGAAGAAGGAUGCGCCUAAGGAGGAUAAGCCAAGUCCAACUCAAAUACAAGCUCGCGAGGAAGCUGAUCCCGCGCUGUCACAGUCUGAAAUGGUGCCAGCAAACGAUGGAUCGAAGGUGAAAUCUGAGUCUGCUGAGCCUUCCAUAGCAGCGGACAAGAGACCGUCUUCCGAGAAGACUGCAAACCCUGUGCUCGAAUCUCGAGUCGGCGAUACGCGUCAAGCCCCAUCAACAUCAAAUGCCCAACAGACCCAGGAGAAUCGACCUUCUCAAUCUUGGCAAAACGCUUCGACUUCGUCUUCAGACAGAUUCAAGCCUUGGUCUGGCGCUUCCAGCCAGCAGUCCACUUCUAGGAACGUGUGGGGACCACCUACGAAUGACAGGACGUUGGGUAACGGCACUUUCAACCCAGAACUAAGUAGAAUUCCGGAUAUGCAUCAAGGUCCCCAUCCUGGCCCUAUUGGACCUCCAAAUUCGGUCCGUGGUAACAGUCAAUCUCAGCAAGGACAUGGUCGAGAGUAUGGUUCUCGCCCUGCUCCCAUAGGACCGCCGAAUAGACAAGCCAUUUCACGCCAAGAUCAGACCCGCGCGGCCGUAGCAAAUUCAGGUUGGGGAAGUUUGCCUGACAGGAUUGCGCAAGAUGAUGCCCUGCUUGCUCAACAACAGGAUGCUGAGAACGCCCGCCGACGAGAGCUACGAGAAAAGGGUAUCGAACCUGAGGCAAACACGGUGAUUAAAGACACAUGGCGUCCAGUCGAUAUGAACGAGGAUGGGACUCGAGGCAAGUUGCAAGGCAAGGUAGCCACCGUGCAUGAUUCGUCGCAAGCAUGGAAACAGCAGGAAGAGUCGACGACAAGAGGCGUUUUCGAGGAGCAAGAUAUGGCGCGGCGCAAUAUUGUUGCCAACCAUACGCAGCAGUUUGAUGCCUGGAGACCUCCGACUAUGACGGCCUCACCUCCCGUUCGUGGUUCUCGGUUUUUCCCAAAUAAUCGUGAUGUUCGACUGGAGGAACAGCCUGCUCUUUUCGACCGACCAGGAUCCCCAUCUCCUCCUCCACCAACUAUGGCUGGUCAUCCAGCUUACGAUGGUGAUACCACGCACCCACAUGUGCUCCUGCCUCGUCCAUCGCCCGUGGUCAAAUUGCCCCCUCCCCCAGUUCUCGCCCCAAUCGGCCCACCAAAGCCCACAUCGUUCGCUGCAGCAGUCCAAGCUCCAGCUGUACCUGUGCUCAACCACGUUGCACGUCAGGACUUGCCCCCGAGAGGAUCACAGUAUCAAGACAUUCGUCGUCAAGAGCCAACGGCUGGUGGCUGGCAAGAACGCAUCAACUCUUUGAUUGGGCGUAACAAUUCUCCUCCAAAGUCACAUGCCCUCGCAGUUGAUUCCUCCAGCAAGAGCGCUCUAGAGGUGCCUCAUCAACAGCUUGUAGCUACUGUCUCGCUACCAUCUCGGGGCUCGGAAUCGAUAUUGGAUGAUGGAAUGAUUGAGUCAAAACCUGCCGCAGAAGAAUGCUUCGAGGAGCAAGAGAUGGGUUCACUGCCAAUAAUCAAGGUACCGGUCUCUGCCCCGCCGUCCGCAUGGUCGCUGGCUCCACCUCAGCCGAAGUCGUUGCCUCGAAAGUUCCAUGUUGCGCAAACCACAAGUGCCGAAGCAAUUCACUUCCCCCAGCAAAUUGCAAACAACAAUAGCACCGUCACGAUCCGAGUGCCGGGGCAAGAAGAACCCAGAAGCGUUAAUAUCCCGGUGCCCAGACAGAGAAGUAACCCUAGACGAGGUGGCUCACGCGGAGGCAACCCACGACAAUCUCACCCAAGAGGUAGAGGUAGAGAUACUUCAGGCGGUUUCCCCUCUCCCAACCUUGACAAUGCAUCAGCUCCCUCGAGCCCAGCUCCUAGCCGUGGAGGACGAGGAGGCAGAGGUUACUCGGCGACUUGGAACAGACAUGUCGCCACACCAGUCCACACUUAAAGGGCUUGGUUUUUUUAAAAACAAUGAUUAGAAAGCACCUUCUUUGGGAGGCCUUUCACUGUAUGGAUUAUUUUCUUUCUACACGCAACCCCACUUUCACACUACACUUGUAACUCUCAUGAGCGGAUGUUUGUUUCGUCGUGGGCCGUUGCAAUUUGCAAGGCAUGUACAUUGUGCUAGGUGUCAUAGCUCGUUUCACGAUCACGCGUGCUUCCUAGGAUGGGCACAAAGCACUUGAUGGUGCAGACGAUGACAAGGAAAAGGUUCGACCUAUGGUGCUCCUUCGAGGAUUCCGUGAGGUCGAGAGAUACUUUAUGCGAUCUUGCCGCUAGCUACAUGAUGCCCACGGUUGAGACCUUGAGCAGUAAAUAGCUACUGAAUGAAAACAUUGAAAGCCU